UUUGAUUAUUUCGCGACACAGGUUAUACAUACUCACUUUUGGAUAAAAAGACACGAAAUUGUUGCGCAAUUAGAAGGAUGGAUAAGAGAUAUGGAAAUGCACGGAUCGGAUCGCAGAUCAGGUCGUACCAUUUCUCUCAAUGCAUUGUCUCUGAGGAGACAUUAUAGGUUAUUGAGGGAAGAAUUAAAUAAACUGCCAACUCCCAAAGGAUUAGAGGACUUGGCCGAACCUCUCGCAUCGCCAGGCUCACCCAUCGAACUUUCAGGAACUCCAGGAACUACAACACCUAACACACCGUCGACGGUUGCGGCAUCCGCGACUACUCCAAUCACUACCAACAAUAUAGUUCCAAGCAGUACGAGUAGUCAUGUCCAUCACGACAUCGACACAGACGUCGAGAUGGAAAAGAUGGUCUCGAAAAUGUGUGAAUAGCUAAAGGAUGUUAAUAGACAUUGUUGGACAUUUUAAAAAGAGUCUAUUGUUUGUGUUACGAGGUGAACAAAUGGACAUUGAAAAAUGACACAAUGGACUGAAAUCAAGUACAUAGAUAUCCUGUACCGGUUGCAGCUGAAUUAUACCGAUGAUUGGCCAGCCAUUAUAGGAAAGAAAGCAGUAACGAUUUUCGACCGAAUAUAUAUAAUGACACGAUGACGAUGAUUACAAUGAUGAUAGUGAUUGCAAGAUGUAGGUAGGUAGACAAAUGUAAGGUGUGGUAAAAUAAGACGAGAAAGGAUUUACGAUAGAGAGAGAAAGCGUGCGCGCAGUGUGAAAGAGAGUAAGUGAAUAAAUGAAAAAAUAAAUAAAUGAGAAUAUGAAUGAAUGAAAGAAAGAAUAAAUAAAUGAAUAAAUUAAUUAAUUAAUAAAUGAGUGAACGAAUCAAUGAAUGCGCAUAAGCGAGAAUA